GUGGGUUUACCUGAACAUGAGUAGUGAGCACGCAAAUCAUAAAUAGCAGUACAUGCAGGUGUGUUCAUAAAAAUGCGUCGAACUGCGGUUGACAUUUAUAAGUCCAAUAUCACAAAAAAGUGCCCAGCAUCGCACAGCAUAUUUGUCCGGUGAAGACGAACCUGUGUUUCCUGGCCAACCAGCGUUGUCAAAUUACUUCAAGAGGGGAUGCCAUGGAUUUCAGGAGAAAACAUUUCCGAGUGGAUCUACUGGGCGUCAGUAUUUCUUACCGUCGAACUUAUUGCUUCCAUCUUACUGUACCCCGCCAUGCGACGUUUCAACGCCGUGCUCGACGCAUCGUUCAUCGAUGACGACGAGACGGCCGAGAGCGUGCCGGUGACGUCACGGCGGGGAGUGCGCGUCAUCAUCCCGCCGGCGGUACCCGUGCAAGGCGAUGCGUCAGCGCAGCAGGGGCCGAGCUCUCCGCGGCCGCAGGGUUCGCCCGCCCGCGCGCCGACCUCGCCCGCCCGUGGGCAGGCCUCGCCCGCCCUCGAGCCGGCGGCAGCCCAUGCCGGCACGCGCGUCUCCAGCGCGACCGCCACGCCCGCCUCGCCCUUCGGGGAGCCGUUCAACCUGGCUUCACACUCCCACGUGGACCAGUCGGUGGUGAAAGCGCUGAUGUCCGGCUCCCCGGUCUCCACCGAAAUUUCGGCGGCCUAUGAGGUGCCCCAGUACCCCAUCGAGCAGAUCGAGAGCAAGAUGGCCAUGCAAAAACAUCUCAGUCAGAGGGACCGUGCUCAGCGUCCAUUGGACACGCUGAUGCAGGCGCAGGCGGACCGGGAGGCCAGGAUGUCCUCCUCCCCAGACGACGCGCCGGCUUCGCUGAGCGAACACGACGAGUACCAGCCACACUUCCAGCGGGUUGUCAUCUCCGGCGACAUUGCUAGCGAGCUGCCUGGAUGCCAUGGCGGACUUACGUUGUACGGUGUACCCACAGAAGACCUGCAGAACGCCUCCAGGCUUCUGGAGCGCGCGCUGGCCAUCCGUGAGCGGUACAUGUCGCUCUCGCAGCAGUGGUUCCCGCCGACGGCCGGCCGCUUCCUGCGCACCAUGCCCGCCUCGGCCACGCGCUUCCACGGCGUGCGCACACACAUACGAGAGCAUUCUAUCCACGCGCCAACCACGGACAAGCCGUGGGACGUGGACUGGGUGCCGGCGGUGCCCUACACGUGCCAGCUGAAGCACGGCGUGUUCCAGGUCAGCGACGAGAAGGGCAACGUCAAGGACUACCCGUACCCCGACCUCGAUAAUUUCUUCACGGACUUCACCUUCCUCUGCACUAUCAUCGCGGAUGGGCCUCUGAAGUCGUUCUGCUACCGGCGGCUAACCUACCUGUCCUCCAAGUUCGAGCUACACGUGCUGCUCAACGAGCUGCGCGAGCUGGCCGCGCAGAAGGCUGUGCCGCACCGCGACUUCUACAACGUUCGCAAGGUGGACACUCACAUCCAUGCGUCGAGCUGCAUGAAUCAGAAGCACCUGCUCCGUUUCAUCAAGAAGAUGAUGAAAAACAACAGCGAACAGAUAGUGUGUCUCAACCAGGGCAAGAAGAUGACGCUCAGAGAGAUGUUCGAGCACAUGAACUUGACGCCGUACGAACUCAAUGUAGACAUGCUGGAUGUUCACGCAGAUCGCAACACGUUUCAUCGCUUUGAUAAAUUCAAUGCCAAGUACAACCCGGUGGGUGAGAGCAGGCUCCGUGAGGUGUUUUUGAAGACAGACAAUUACAUUAAUGGGAAAUACUUCGCAUCCAUCAUCAAGGAGGUGUGUCUGGACCUGGAGGAGAGCAAGUACCAGUCGGCAGAGCUGCGGCUCUCCAUCUACGGCCGUUCCGCCGACGAGUGGGACAAGCUGGCCAAGUGGGCCGUGCGCAACAACGUCUACUCGGACAACGUGCGCUGGCUGGUGCAGGUGCCGCGGCUCUAUGAUAUCUACCGCUCAAACAACCUGGUGCAGAACUUCAGCGAGAUCAUCAGCCACACUUUCAAGCCGCUGUUUGAGGUGACGUUGAACCCAAAGUCACAUCCGGAGCUGCAUCUCUUCCUGCAGCACGUGGCUGGCUUUGACUCGGUGGACGACGAGAGUAAGCCAGAGACGAUCGUGUUCGACCGUGACGCGCCGCUGCCCGAGGCCUGGACGCAGAUGGAGAACCCGCCCUACGCCUACUACAUCUACUACACCUACGCCAACAUGACCGUGCUCAAUGGCCUGAGGGACGAGCGAGACAUGAACACGUUCGUGUUCCGUCCGCACUGCGGCGAGGCUGGAGCUGUCAACCACUUGGUAUGCUCCUUCCUCAUGGCGGAGUCGAUCAACCACGGCCUCAGCCUGCGUAAGGUGCCCGUGCUGCAGUACCUGUACUACCUGGCCGAGAUCGGUGUGGCGAUGUCGCCGCUGAGCAACAACUCGCUGUUCCUCAACUACCACCGCAACCCGCUGCCGGAGUACCUGGCGCGCGGCCUGAACGUGUCGCUGUCCACCGAUGAUCCGCUGCAGUUCCACUUCACCAAGGAGCCGCUCAUGGAGGAGUUCAGCAUCGCUGCCCAGGUGUGGAAACUGAGCUCGACGGACAUGUCGGAGCUGUGCCGAAACUCGGUGCUUCAGUCGGGCUUCCCGCACGAGACCAAGCAACACUGGCUCGGGCCCAACUACACGCGCGAGGGCGUGGCCGGCAACGACGUGUCGCGCACCAACUUGCCCGACAUCCGUGUCUCCUACCGCUACGAGACCCUGCUGGAGGAGCUGAAGACCAUCUUCCAGGACGCAAUGCCUGACCCGGUGCAGAACCUGUCGCGUCCGACCCAUGAGAGCGGCGGCGGCAGCGGCGGCGGCAUCGCCGAGGAGCCACCGGCGCCACGCUGAGACAUCUAGCAGCCUGGCGGCGAACUGUAGCUUACAGACACCACGCGAGAGGGCGGCGACGAUGGAGGCCAAAUCGUCGGUGCCAAGUUUAAGACGGCGCGCCUGACGACUUCGCUCGCUGGAUAACAGCGCGGACAGAGCCAUGUUGUUUUCAGAUGCCUACGUACCGGAAACUCGUCCGCCCGUCAGACAGCGUCAGGCAGAGGCAGGGAGAGCUUGUCACUCGCUAGAUGUUUUGUUGGGGAUGCACUCUCCCUCACGCAAGGUAGUGUAGGAUCCGUAGCUGAUGAUGGGCCAGUUUUCUGAGACAUUUUACCGGACAGCUACGUGGUCCAACCGUACCGGAACCUGGUCUGGUCAUCCCCAUGGUCACAUCCUUGUCACAUAAUAGACGUGAAGAUCCAA